AUCACUGCACGACAAAAAGAGUCGCUGGGGGAAGAGAAGGCACCAAUCAAUGCAACCACUGCGCGGAGGCGCACAGAGGAGCGGCAACAAGGUCCAAGGAGCGACACUCCAGUGCGCUUAUCUCCCCCGAGCGGCGCGCGCGGCUCUGCGGCUCUCUCUCUCUCCUUUCUCUCUUUUCUUUCUUUCUUUCUUUUGUGUCGUUCAAGAUGUUCAACACACGCGCGUUAUACUUAGAUCGGUCGUGCCUGCGCGAGCCCGCUUCCUCAUAGACUUCAACAUAUUUUUCUUUUUUCCCUUUUUUUUCUUCCUUCAUUUUUUUUCAAGAAGCAAACGCCAAAGAAUCGCAGGCUGGUUGGUGAGAAUAUGUGCGAGAGGCGGUCGGCGACGGGCUCGCGCUGUCUCUGGUCCCUCGAGCAGCAGCAGCAGCAGCAGCGUGGAUUAAACACGAAUUAAUGUGGAAUUUAUCGGAGCACCAAGGUGGAACGACGACCGGACACAGCGCUUCCUCGUCAGGGACUGACUGAUCAUGGUCGCCGUGGUCCGCUCCUUCAUGGUGCUGCUGCUCGCUCAGGUGCUGCUGGAAGGUGCCACGGCUCUCAUCCCGGAGGUCGGCCGCAGGAAGUACAGCGAGUCCGGGAAGCAGACCCCCGAGCGGUCGGAGAGCUUCCUCCACGACUUCGAGCUCCGGCUGCUCACCAUGUUCGGACUGAGGCGCAGGCCGACGCCGAGCAAGCAGGCCGCGGUGCCGCAGUACAUGGUGGACCUGUACCGCAUGCACUCGGCCAACGGGGACCACAGCGCCAAGCGGCCCAAGAGCAUGGGCAGGCACGCGGAGAGAGCCGCCAGCAAGGCCAACACGAUUAGAAGCUUUCACCACGAAGAGUCCAUGGAGGCCCUGUCCCGGCUCAAAGGCAAGACGACCCAGCAGUUCUUCUUCAACCUCACGUCCAUCCCCGACGAUGAGCUCAUCACCUCGGCGGAGCUCCGCGUCUACAGGGACCAGGUCAUGGGCGCCGCCACGCCCCCCCCCAACGCCGCCAACGGCAGCGGCGCGGCCGGCGGCGUCCAUCGCAUCAACAUCUACGAGAUAUUCGGAGCCCCUCAGGGUCGGGAACCCCUGGCCCGCCUGCUGGACACUCGGCUGGUGCGCGACUCCCUGAGCCGCUGGGAGAGCUUCGACGUCAGCCCCGCCGUGUCCCAGUGGACGUCCGGGCGAGGCCGCAACCACGGCUUCAUGGUGGAGGUGCACCACCCGGAGGAGGACGGCGAGGAGCGCGCCGGACGUAGCAGGCACGUCAGGGUGAGCCGGUCCCUGCAUGGGGACCGGGACUCGUGGCCUCAGGCUCGCCCCCUGCUGGUGACGUACGGCCACGACGGCCGCGCCGGGGACUCGGUGCUGCACGGGCGGGGAAAGCGGCAGGCGGCGCAGCGCAAACAGCGGCGGAAGCACCACGGGCACAAGGCCAGCUGCAAGAGGCACGCCCUGUACGUGGACUUCAGCGACGUGGGCUGGAACGAGUGGAUAGUGGCGCCGCCCGGGUACCACGCCUUUUACUGCCAAGGGGAAUGCCCGUUCCCGCUGGCGGACCACCUCAACUCGACCAAUCACGCCAUCGUGCAGACGCUGGUCAACUCGGUGAACUCGAACAUCCCCAGAGCGUGCUGCGUACCCACGGACCUCAGCCCCAUCUCGCUGCUCUACCUGGACGAGUACGAGAAGGUCAUCCUGAAGAACUACCAGGACAUGGUGGUGGAGGGCUGCGGCUGCCGGUGAGGCGGAGGGAAGACGAGGAGAGACUUUAGAGAGACGCUACCGUGGAGCGAGUUCCCCCGAUGAAGACGUUUAUUUAUAUGAAAGACUAAAACAGAGCUAUUGUGGAGGAGGAAGAAGAAGAAAAAGAAGAAGAAGAAGCUAUAUAUGAAUAUAUUUAUGUCUACGUAAAGUUGGGAACAAAUAAAUAUUUUAAUCAGA